AUGAUAUCACCGUCGAUUUCCUUAGAGCUUUCGGCCUUAGAGUUAAAUGUAGUUCUCGAAACCCUAAUGACCUCUCAGCUUCAAAAAGAGGAAAUCCCGGACCAUUGGAAGAGGCCGCGCCCGGCCAUUCCGCAAAGAAAGGGCUACCGAAGGAAUGUUCGUAAUUACUGUUCGAUAUGCUUGUUAGGUGUACUUUACAAACUGUCCAUCCUUUUGUGCAUAUCGAAGAUCGAAUUGGGAGCAGUGCAACUAGUCCAGAAAGCAAAGCAGGGUUCGGACACAGAUUCUGCCUUUGUCGUGCAUGAGGCAGCGUUUGGCUACGUCGGAACGAAGGCAAUUCCAUCAGCACUCGUCGAUCAAGUAAUGGACAUGACCUACAUAAGGGAUCUAUAUGAGUGUAACCGAAAAUGA